AUGGGCGUGGCUGUGAAAUGCAUGAUAGUUUUCUUGGUUUUUUCAAUGACACGUUUGAUGGAAAAUGCAAGUGCAGGUAGGGAGCUGCAUCCUCUUAUGAAACCAGGGUUCAACCUCACAGCGAGACUGGAAACCGAUGGAGGUGUGGUUGAUUGCUGGAAUGCGCUGACAGAGAUUAAAUCAUGCUCGAAUGAGAUUGUAGUUUAUUUUGUAAACGGCACCACAGAUAUCGGUCCACCAUGUUGCAAAGCCAUUAGUAUGAUCACUCACCAUUGCUGGGCUUCCAUGUUGACUGCACUUGGUUUCACACCCGACGAAACCAACAUUCUACAAGGUUACUGUGACGCAUCCUCGUCUUCUCCAUCCUCCUCCACCUCUUCCUCUGCCCCUGCUGCUACUCCCUCGGUCCAACCUCCAGCUUCCACUCAUGACUUCAUGUUGAUAUAG